CUUUCAAAAGCUGCUCAAACAUAGAACAUGUAAGAAUGAACUAUAGCCAUUGAAUUCUACCGUUCUGAUAUACCCUGUGUUGUAGGGAAAUAAUGCACGCUCUAGAAUGCCCUUCAAGCCAAUCAGAAACAAGUAUUCAACAAUGUCAUGGUAUAAAUAUGAAUUAGUCAACGUUAUAUCUGACUGGAGGAGGACGGGGUGUGGCAUGUGACUUUAAUGUCAGGUGUUCUUGUUGUUACCUAGGUGAUAUUGUUCUUGUUGUUACCUAGGUGAUAGCCCAGAGGUUGAUGCAGUCUAAACAGACCAUUCCCCACGACUACCUGUCUGUUACCUAGGUGAUAUUGUUCUUGUUGUUACCUAGGUGAUAGCCCAGAGGUUGAUGCAGUCUAAACAGACCAUUCCCCACUACUACCUGUCUGUUACCUAGGUGAUAUUGUUCUUGUUGUUACCUAGGUGAUAGCCCAGAGGUUGAUGCAGUCCAAACAGACCAUUCCCCACUACUACCUGUCUGUUACCUAGGUGAUAUUGUUCUUGUUGUUACCUAGGUGAUAGCCCAGAGGUUGAUGCAGUCCAAACAGACCAUUCCCCACUACUACCUGUCUGUUACCUAGGUGAUAUUGUUCUUGUUGUUACCUAGGUGAUAGCCCAGAGGUUGAUGCAGUCCAAACAGACCAUUCCCCACUACUACCUGUCUGUUACCUAGGUGAUAUUGUUCUUGUUGUUACCUAGGUGAUAGCCCAGAGGUUGAUGCAGUCUAAACAGACCAUUCCCCACGACUACCUGUCUGUUACCUAGGUGAUAUUGUUCUUGUUGUUACCUAGGUGAUAGCCCAGAGGUUGAUGCAGUCCAAACAGACCAUUCCCCACUACUACCUGUCUGUUGACGUCAACAUGGACCACGUCCUAGAACUACGCAUGGAGCUCAACGCUGAGGUAAAGGCCCAGAACAUCAAGCUGAGUGUGAAUGAUUUCAUCAUUAAAGCCAGCGCUCUGGCCUGCCUUAAGGUCCCUGAAGCCAACUCCUCAUGGCUCGACUCUGUUAUCCGACAGAACCAUGUGGUGGACGUGAGUGUGGCGGUGAGUACACCCAACGGUCUGAUAACGCCCAUCGUGUUCAACGCCCACACCAAAGGACUGGCUGCUAUCAGCUCUGAUGUCUCAGCCCUGGCUGCCAAGGCCCGCGACGGGAAACUGCAGCCGCAUGAGUUCCAGGGAGGCACGUUUACCAUCUCUAACCUGGGAAUGUUUGGCGUCAAGAACUUCUCAGCGAUCAUCAACCCUCCCCAGGCCUGUAUACUGGCAGUAGGGGGCUCGGAGAAGAGACUGCUGCCCGCUGACAAUGAGAAAGGGUUUGACGUGGCCAGCAUGAUGUCGGUGACGUUGAGUUGUGACCAUCGCGUGGUGGACGGAGCGAUCGGCGCUCAGUGGCUCGCAGAGUUCAGGAAGUUCCUGGAGAAGCCUGUCACCAUGCUGCUCUGAUUGGACAACGCUCUCACCAGGCCAUGCUGUGGUUGGCUGCAGCCGUCGGCAAGCUGAUCUGAUUGGUGGAAACCUUUUCAUCAUGCUUCUGUGAUUAGCUGGCCCACCACACGGACACUCCCCCUUAAAGGGGUGAGGCAGGACUCACUCCCCUCCCAGAGUAUAACACCCCUCUCCAGCUCUCUUUAUUUAUUGCGACCAGGUAGUUAGUUUAGACCAGAGUCCAUAAUGUCACUCAUGUUUAUAAAGGGAACUGUUACAGACGCUGUGUGUGUACCCAGAGUAUUGGAGAUUAUGUUAAAAGCCAAGUAAGAUGGAGAAUGCCCCCUAGACUCACUCACAUGCCCACUGCAGACCACCCCAGCUCCUCUGAGGCACCAUAUGUUGUGUAUGUGAACACAUUGACAGGUCUGCAGUUCUGCUGGUUGUAUGUUCUCCCUUGUAGUUUGUUCAUUGAUUGAUUGGCCAGAGUUCACUCACCUAUAUCAAGUCUUUAGAUGGGAACCAAGCCAACCGGCCAUGCUGCUUAUCUCCAGGUGUGGAGCUGAUCUAUUGGUACCUUCUAUAAUGCUGUAGGAUUGGUGGAAUCUUCAUUUACAGAGUAGGUGGGGCUUUAUUUAUGACAUCACUCCUGUCUAAGCUCUCGGCCAAUCCCCUUCUUCCCCAGGACAUGUUCUUGUUUUCUAACCCUUGAUAAAGAACAUUCUAUUUACAUGACAUCAUCUAUAAACAAGUGAAACGCACAAAGAUGUGAAGCUGGAUAUAUGGUUUCCGUGGAAAUGACUGCUGAAUAAAUGUAAAUGAGUCAAAAUGA